AUGGCUUCCAGUCCCAUCCGACAAGCAUUCGAGAAGAUCUUAACAGACAAGAAGAAUCGCGGCCUUCCGCCACUCGAGGCUGAAAACUACGAUCACUUCCUCGCCGCGGUCUCAUCGCUUCUCGCAAACCCGGCCUUCAUCGACGAACAUAGCUGGCAGACGCAGACACUCGAGCAUUCUGUCAGCCGCCCCACCUUCAAUGCGGUAAUCAUGGAAGAUUGCGAGACCAAGCUUGAUGUUCGACUCGAAGUGGGCGAGGAACUCGAUUCCAGUGGCAAAGUAGUGUUUGUGGGCAAUGUAGUCCGCAUCACUGUAGAUGGGCAUGUACUGGCGAAGGGCAGAAGCACCUUGUGGGCCGCUGAUGCGCUGCUACUUGCGUUGAAGAAGGUUAUCGCGAUGGCGGGGCGGUGGGAAUGA